ACUCACAAACUCAUCCACACUCACGUUUCAUUCUCUGUUCUUGUCUUACACGUCUGUGAAGCUGUACCUGGCUUCACAGACGUUUGUCUUACUGAAAUCUGAAUUUCGAAAAAAAUGUCCUUACUUGUGUCGUCGCCAUCAUUUUUGGCGUCGUCGUAAUUUACUGUCCUCCAUGGCGUCUUCUUCUCAGUCAAAAGUUUGCUGUUCUUCUCCUACGAGCAAGAAUAAAGCAAAUAGUAAAAGUUCUCGAAUUUGGUUUAGUGCAAAUAAAAAAUCUGCGACAUUUUCGAUAUCAUCGUCUAACUCGGCCUCCGCAUUUCGACAAAAGUUCCUCCACGCUUUGCAAUUCUAUUGUGAUACACCAUCCCUCGUUCUCAACUCGGACCUUCCUUCCGAUCUUGUCGAAUUUGUGACUAGUCAAGAAUUUCCUGUCGAAACUCUCGGAGUCAUUCUUGAGUUGAAGAGGGGUGUCAACGUCAAUUCGAGUACAACAACGACGACCCGGGCGUCGGAAUUAAGUCGAAAGUUGGCAGAAUCCUGGAUAAGUGCUGAUUCGUGUGCGGAAGCGUUGGGAAGUUUAAGCUUAGGGGACGAAGUUCCCGGCGUUAUUGCAGAGACGUCCUCCCUGUAUCGUCUUUUAUUCUCCAUCUCGGAUAAUUUCCACAUCCCACCGGAACAGUUUCAAACUUUUAUCUUGUCGCAAAUCAUCAUCACAAUCCAAGCUCUCGUUUAUGGCGUGGCACAAGAGAGUUAUGACGGAAUUAUAAGAUCGCAAGUUUUGGGAAAUUUACUGGAUCGAACUUUCAUACGAUUCCAUUCUGAUGCGGAACAAUUCGUUGGGCGUAAAAAGAUUUUGACUCUGUCUCCGACUGUACCAGCAGCAACAAAGAAUAAUCAAGAGAAAGACGACGAGUACGACGUCACACCAUUCGCCCAGUUUGUCGACGAAUUAGGAAUAAUCUGUAAAGAUGAUUUCAUCACGAGAAGAUUAUUGUCUAGGAUUUUAGUAGGAUUAGGAAAUCAAGCCGCGUUUAAAUUUGCAAAGACGACCUUUCUCAUCGGGUUGAGAGAUACAUGCCCAGCCACGACUAUAUUCUCGCCAUCAGACCCAUUCUUCACCUCCACCACCUGGAACAAUAUCCUAUCAUCCUCAAUUCCGACUAAAACACGGACAAAAUCUCCUCUCUUUUGGACAAACUGGGCUUUCUUCAUGAUUAAAUGCACCUCUUCCACCACACUGGCCUCCGUCUGGUCAAAUGGUGUCACCUCAUGGCAAAAUCUGUGUCGCAGUUCUGCCGUUUCAUAUGAUACCGUUCUGCUCCCUGCAACAUACGCCCUCAUUGCUCUCGCCCGUGAGAUAAAACUUCAACUUGGCGAGGACAACUCGGAAGCAUCGGUGACAACGAAAAAUAUCUUGGUGUCAUCGACAUCUCAAGUAUUGGAAAGUGUCGCAAAAUGUUUAGAUUCCACGGACGAGGGAAAGAAAGCUUGCGGCAUGGGAUUGGCUCAAGUAAUUGGAGAUCUACAUAUGAAAAUUGGUAGUGGAAAAGUCGAGGCCGCUGACAGUGGUCACUCCAAACUUAAAUUCACCUCGAAACAUGCCAUAUUUAAAGAACUGAUCAACUUUUACGAAAAUGGGUUCAAGGAAUCGAUCCACAAAAGUACAAAUCUGUUGGAUAAAACGAAGAAAAAGAUACAAGUUUUAGACAGCGAUGAUGAUGAUGACGAAGACGAGGACGAGAAAGAGGCGGAUGAUGUCAAUAAAAAAGAAGCGUCACAACUGAACCAUUUUGAUGAAACUGAUCCACCUGUGGAUGAAAGAAUAUUGGAUUAUCGUUCCAAAAAAGGAGGUCGUCUUCCCCAAUAUUUUAGCGAAUUUGUAGAAAUAUUACUUGAGGGGGGUGGGAAGAAUGAAGUGGAUAUGGAAGCUGUUAAACAAUAUUGCAUCAUGAAAAUCCCUUUGCUGCUCAGUGUUGGAAUUAGGAUUGAUCCUAAAAUGGCAGAGGUAUUGAUCAAAUGCCUUCUCGACUACGACACUUCUGCCAUACCGAGCCUUGAACUUCCCAUUCUCUUCUCUAUCUACGAGCUGACUAUUCUUCACCCCACCAACGUGAUUGAAAUUAUAGCCACCGCCACCUUCGACGACGACCACUACACUUCUGGCCAUCGAAUGGUCACUCUACAACGUCUCGCAGAAGUAGUUCAACUUCUCUCAAAAUCAAAAUGUUUCUCCUGCCAUAGCCCUGAACUGGAGCGACAUCGCCUUGACUUGAUCUCAAUUAGUCCAGAUUUUAUCACAAAAUAUUUCAAUGUGAAGAAAAAAUUGAGAUCUUGUUCAGAUUGCAAAAGAAUCCAAAAUGUUUCAAAUAUUCCUAAUUCUGGUGAAGAGCAAGACGGAAAGACUGACUCUGACGCUGGAGAUUUAUCUUCUUUAACUUGGCGAGAAAUUGUGGAUCGUCGCGUAGCUUCAAAGACUCGAUACUUUUUCAAAUCUAGAAAUAAUUCCUCCAGUGCGACACCACUUCCAGACACAUAUUCGACUACACUGAUCCCUAUAAUUUGGUCAUCUUUGGCCAACCGAAUGCUUUCAAAAGCGUCUUAUUUCGUAUCGGAGGAAGAACGAGUAAUCCGGGGGGCUCCACGGGAUAUGCUGCUAGCUCAAAUGUUUCGCUUGUUGGGUAGAAUUUUGCUACCUGGUGGAGGGACAUGUCCACAUUUGGGAAGUAUUGCAGGACAGGUUGGGCAUCUCUCACAAACUUUCGCUACCCACCCUGACGGAACCGUACGCCAAUCCGUGAUCGCUCUCGUCGCAAUCACCAUCACCAUUAGUGACGGUGCUACUUACGUCAUAGAAGCCAUUUCUGGCUCAUCAAAUAUUUUCGAAUCCCUUAAACAACUUCGAGAACAAGAAACGCUUCCAGAAAAUAAAGCCUUGCUCGACCACGUCAUUGCCUACCUGACUCAGGCAGCAGUGCAACAUGCUGCGUCAUCGUCUUCCACCUCUUUACAAGACGGAAUUAAUUCAAUGUUGAGAUUUCUUCCGGACAGGAAGUUACAACUCAAUUAAACGAGUUGUAUAAUCCCCCAUAGAACAUCACUUGUUAAUUUUGUCCUGUGUCCUACAUUUAAGAUAAUAGUUUAGCAUUACAUAAAUCCAGAAACAUUAGGCUAUUUAUUUAAGGAGCUGUUGUACUGCAGAUAGUUUCACUAUCAACAAUCAAGAUAAACGUUGUUGCCUGUUCUUUUCACCACUAUGCCUGUCCUCUCCACCAACAACAUGCCAUCGCCCGAUCCAUCAUUACCAUCCCGUCGAGGUGCAGUAA